CUUUAAUAAAUGCUCAUCGCUCGUUUAUGACUUAGUCGACCACCAACUGUCAUCUUAGUAACUUUACUUAAAGUAGAGACGUUAAGUGUUAAAAAAAUAAAUCAAGUGGCAAAGGUUUCAGCUGAUAAAUAGAGUCUCUACCCAGACAAAUAAAUUUAAUACAACAACAGCAGUAAAAAAAAGAAUAAUACACAACAUACUGAGAGAAGCUACAAAGUGAGAAAAAUGAGGAAACUUUGCGGCAUUUAUUCAGUCGCUUUUAGCGUCUUAGUGCUAGUUUGUUCAGUUUAUUGUGGUACUACACAGACCCGUCCAGGAAAUAGAGUCAUGCAUCAAGCUUUUACAAGUGCCGGUUCCAAAAAGGGCAUGGAAAUUUGGCGAAUUGAGAAUUUCGAGCCUAAAGCAUAUCCCAAAAAUGAUUAUGGUAAAUUUUAUACCGGCGAUUCGUACAUUGUGCUAAAUACGUUGGAAGAUAAAAAUAAGAAAUUGUCAUGGGAUGUUCAUUUCUGGCUUGGUUUGGAAACCACACAAGAUGAAGCUGGUGCUGCUGCAAUUUACACUGUUCAACUUGAUGAUCAAUUAGGUGGAGCUCCUGUUCAACACAGAGAAGUUCAAGAUCAUGAGUCACAAUUGUUCCUUAACUACUUUAAAAGUGGUAUCCGUUAUAUGCCGGGUGGAGUUGCUUCUGGCUUUAAAAAGACAGAUAUUAAUGCUCAAGGUGAAAAACGCUUAUUCCAAGUUAAAGGCAAGAAGAACAUUCGUGUUCGUCAAGUUGAUUUGACAAUUGGUUCCAUGAACAGAGGUGAUUGCUUUAUUCUUGAUGCUGGAAACAAAAUUUAUGUUUAUGUUGGACAAAAGGCAAAACGUGUUGAGAAGAUGAAGGCAAUCAGUGCUGCAAACCAAAUUCGUGAUCAAGAUCACAAUGGACGUGCACAAGUCGAAAUUGUUGAUGAAUUUUCAAGUGGAAGUGAUAAGGAGCACUUCUUCGAAGUCUUAGGAUCAGGAUCUCCAAGCCAAGUUCCCGAUGAAUCAACAGCUGAAGAUGACGAAGCAUUUGAACGCAGUGAAGAAAGAGUAACAGCAUUGUAUACAGUUUCUGAUGCUAGCGGUUCAUUAAAGGUUGAACCAAUCGCACAAAAACCAUUGAAGCAAGAAAUGUUGAACACGAAUGACUGCUUUAUCCUUGAUACUGGAAGUGGUAUUUAUGUUUGGGUUGGAAAGAAGGCAACAGAACAGGAGAAGAAACAAGCUAUUUCUCGUGCUCAAGGAUUUUUACAGACCAAGAAAUAUCCAGUAUGGACAAAGGUUACAAGAAUUGUUGAGGGAGCUGAAACAGCACCAUUCAAGCAAUACUUCUUUACAUGGCGAGAUCAUGGUGCCUCACAUUCACGUCUCAUUCGUGCUGCCAAUGAUGAUGAUAGCGAUACCGGAACAGAUGUAGAAUUUGAUGCCUCAGUUUUACAUAAAUUGAAGAAGAGUGGAGGUAAAGCAAUUGGUUUCAUGCCAGAUAAUGGUGAAGGCGAUGCUGAAGUUUUUCGUAUUGAAAAUAUGGAACUUGUUCCAAUUGCCGUUGAAAAUUAUGGAUUUUUCUUUGGUGGUGAUUCAUAUGUUGUAAAAUAUGAGUACAAAAAUAAACGUGGUGGACAUGGAUAUGUCAUUUAUUAUUGGCAAGGAUUGAAUUCAACAGCUGACGAAAAAACUGCAUCAGCACUUCAUUCAGUGAAAUUAUCAAAUGAAUUGGGAGGAAAAGCAAUUCAAGUUCGUGUUGUUCAGGGCUUUGAACCCCGUCACUUCCUUAAAAUCUUUAAAGGAAAAAUUGUUGUGUUCACUGGUGGUAAAGCUUCAGGAUUUAAGAACAUUCAUGAUCAUGACUCAUAUGAUGUUGAUGGAACAAGAUUGUUUAGAAUUCGUGGUACAUGUGCUGAAGACGUUCGUGCAUCACAAGUUGAAGAAGUUGCCAGUGCACUUGCAUCAGAUGAUGUCUUUAUUCUUGAAACACCUAAAAACACUUACAUUUGGUACGGAAAAGGCGCUAACGACUUUGAACAUUCAAUGGGCGGUAGUGUAAGCAAGACAAUUUCACCUGAUCGUAAACCAAUUGUAAUUAAUGAAGGAAGUGAACCAAAAGAAUUCUGGGAUGCUUUGGGUGGAAAAGCUGAUUAUGAUACUGAAAUCGAUCCAGCAGGUGCACCAUUCUUAGAUCCACGAUUGUUCCAUUGCUCAGUUCAUAGCGGUAAGUUUAGAGUCGAAGAAGUAUCUCAAUUCGAACAAGAUGAUUUGGAACCUGAUGACAUUAUGGUUCUUGAUGGCGGUGAUGAGGUUUACAUUUGGAUUGGUCAAGGAUCAACUGAGGAAGAAAAGGAAAGAAGUCUUGAAAUGGCAAAGGAAUACAUCCGUACUGAUCCAACUGAACGUAGUGAAGAAACUGUCCCAUUGAUUCAAGUUCCACAAGGAGGAGAACCGAGAUCAUUCAAACGUCUGUUCCCUAACUGGAACGACUUUUUGUGGGAGGAUUAUAUUUCAUACGAAGAAUACAGAAACAAAAUCAAUGCACAGAACAAUUAAACAUCCACAUUUUCAUUUUAAAAACAUUUUUAUUAUAAACUUAAUCAGAGAACAAACGAAUAAAACAUGAAUUCAUGAUAAAAACAAAU